AGGAACACCUCUGCACGAUUCCGGAUAAAUGGACUGAGGCUAGCGCCCUUGUUUGCAGGUUGGUAGUAAUUUCGGAACUCGUGAGUAUGGCGACUUAAAAACAGGUCAGGUUUUUUAGAUACUGCAUCGCCAACUGUGCAUUUUUUGUUUAGCUGUUUUGUUUUUACCACUGUAGUUCCAAGUGUCGUUGCCAUCUCAACAGCUUAGUUUUGAUUGUGAACGAUUCUUUAACCUGCCUCAGCAAGAUAGCAGCUAAUGCUAGCCUCGCUAUAACUGUCCAAACGUGAUCUUUUGAAACUAAACUCAUUAGAUAUUUGUCUCGUACAAGCGCACACAACGACUAUAGUGCCUUGAUAAGCAAACGGAGACGGGUCGGACUUUUUGUUUGAGGGGAAACAUGUCAGGGGCUAACAGAGGGCAGGGAAGCGCGGCUAGUGAGUUUCACAACCAAGAGAAUAUGUUGUCAAGACUGAGAGGCUCGCUAAAACCCCGGGCUGCUGCAAACGACAACCAAGAAAACCUGCCACCGAAACAAGCGGCCAACAGAACCGUCCUGGGACCUCUGCAAAACAACCACCGGAGCAAAGCCCAGACUCAGCGCGGCACGAAACAGGAGUCAUCACAGCCCCUGUCCUGUAAAAAUGAAGACUUUAGCAAAAGCUGCUAUGAGAAGCCCUCCACCAGACAGCCCACUUUCCAGAUCCAUGUGGACGAGCCUGAUGGCGCCUGCACCAAGAAGACACAGCAGGUGGUUGAAGCUGUCAAAGCAAAGUUGGUGGCUGAAGAGUCUCCCCUCGCAAUCAACAAUGCUGUGGCACGGCUCCGCCAGCCCCUGGCCACCCUUGAUAUUCCAUCAGCAAUGGAUGUCAGCUUUGACUCUCCCAUGGACAUGUCUGUGGUUGAGGGGGAGGAGAAACCAGUCAAUGUAAAUGAGGUCCCAGAAUAUGCUGCUGAAAUCCACACAUACCUGAGGGAGAUGGAGGUAAAAACCAGGCCUAAAGCAGGCUACAUGAAGAAACAACCUGACAUCACCAACAGCAUGAGGGCCAUCCUGGUGGACUGGCUGGUGGAGGUCGGAGAAGAGUACAAGCUCCAGAAUGAGACACUUUAUCUGGCUGUAAACUACAUUGAUCGCUUCCUCUCCUCAAUGUCUGUCCUGAGGGGGAAGCUUCAACUGGUUGGGACUGCUGCCAUGCUGUUGGCUUCGAAAUUUGAAGAGAUCUACCCCCCUGAGGUGGCAGAGUUUGUUUACAUCACAGAUGACACCUACACCAAGAAGCAAGUGUUAAGAAUGGAGCAUCUGGUGCUUAAAGUGCUCUCCUUUGAUCUGGCAGCACCAACCAUCAACCAGUUUCUCACACAAUACUUCCUCCACCAGUCAGUUAAUAAACAAACUGAAAGUCUGGCAAUGUACCUUGGGGAGCUCAGCCUUGUGGAUUCAGAUGUCUUCUUGAAGUAUCUACCUUCACAGACAGCUGCUGCAGCCUACAUCUUGGCCAACAACACAGUGGCUGGUGGCUCAUGGCCCAAGUCUUUGACGGAGAUGACUGGCUACUCCCUGGAGGAUCUGAUGCCCUGUGUUGAGGAUCUGCACCGACUUUACCUCAAUGCUGCUCAGCAUGCCCAGCAAUCUGUUCGGGAGAAGUACAAGGGCUCCAAGUACCUUGAAGUUUCCCUCAUCGAGGCUCCAACUAAACUGCUGCUGAACUGACUUCUCCCCCUGCCCAUGUCGAUGUAGAGUUGUACCAGUCUUUAAUUUUUUAUAUUUUUGUUUUUUAAAUGAUGUGUGCCACCAUUUCAGAUGACAUGGCCUGCUCUUCUUGGAGUAGAGCUAGAUGUUUAGAGUUUUUUUAUGGUAUUUUUAUAUACACAUUCAUACCAGACACUAUUGUGUUGGUUAAUCAAGCAGUUUUAAUGGUUUGACUUUAAAUCAGACAAAAUGUAGAUGUCUUAUCACCACUCUGUAAACAUUCUGCUUUGAUCUACAGUCUUAACAGACAUGUGGAUCUACUCAAACCCAGAAUCUUCAUCAUUCCACUUUGAGGGUUGAGUUGAUAUAAAUGGUUAUUGUUGAUGGGUCUACCCUUAAGUAUUUGGCCUUUUAUGAGAAGCAGAUUAAAGUACAUUUUGUCUGUCCUGGAGUCAGCUGCCUCAUUACAUUGGUGUCUUGGAAGCAAUCAGCUUUUCAACAAGUCUCCUGCACUGUAAAAUAUGGCUCUUGUAAAUAAAAUUCAUUUAAAGUAAGACUUCAUUUCUAAAUCUUUAUGAUCACAUUGGACUCAUGGGGGCAGCAGAGGACCACCUUUGGUCCUUACAGGUUUCCUCAAAUGCACAAGGACUUAGAAACUUGAAUUUUUAAUAGACUGGUGCAGUGGUUUGACAAUUUCAAAAUGGGUCUGAACUGUCAAUCUUGGGUUAAUUUAAAGUGAUUUCAUCUGAGGUGCUUUGCUACAUACUAUAAGCUGUAAACAUUGAAAAACCCUUUAUUGAAAGAAUGGACCAGAUGUUAGUUUGAUCUGUCAGGUAUGCUGAGUAAGAAGGAUUCAGACUUCUCUGGUUUUCAUCACAAAACAAUACAGACUGGCCGAUGGAAAUUGGGUGGGAUAGUUGCAAGAUGGGUGCAAAUAAAAGGCCAGAAGUACAUUUUUAAACUCCAAGAAAUUGGUUUUGUGGAGUGGCUGAACAUGAGUUAAAUACUGAGGCAAACAAUUUUAAACAUGAGGGGAAAAUAAGUCUUUAAUUACCUGAAGUGAUAUUGUGAUUUGAUUCCAUUUACCAAAAACUAUCCAGUAUAAAAAGCAAAUAUAAACACAUGGCAAACAGAUUGCCCUUUGUCUGUACAUAAUCGGAGGAUUGAACUGUUUUACUGCAUUGAUUUGAUUUUUUUUCUGAAAGUGAAGGGAAGGCAGUCAGUGGUGUUGAAGGCAUCUCUCGCUCUCUCCUCCCUCUCACUCACGUGAUAAAUUGGGAGGCUGGCUCUGUGCGAGGAGUCCAGCAGGAGAGACUGGAAGCACAGCCCAGCUGCAGAAAGGUUUCCACCGUUUCAUCUCAGGAGAAUGGACAGCUCAAAGACCACACUCGCAACAGCUUUGCUUGGUCAGUGACAACACUCACUUGUGAGUAGUUGGAGGAUUAAACCAUGGCGAAAGAAGGAAAUUCUACAACAUAGCCAAAACCAGUUGGAUACCUUUUUUUAAACAAUGGCUCCUACAGCACAGCAUCUGUCUAACCCCUGAGAAGUGUGGGAAACGAGCAUUUUUGGAGGAGGUUGAGAGGGCGGGUUGCUGCCUAACCUCAUGCCUGCCCCCAGGACAUUCCUGGCGGCGUCCACCUCGCUGCCCCUGGCACUGGACUGGGGCUGGAACCUGAGCUUGUACGUGGGGAUGCUCCUAGGACUCCUGACCCUCAUGCUGCUGCUUCUCUGGCUGCUCCUCAAGCAGCUGAGGAACUCGGUGGGAAAAUCCAUGCUGCAGCCCAUCCACUCUUUCAGACAGCAUCGCUUAGAACAGAGGCUUCAGCAUGAGUUGUGAAAGAUGGAACAAUUCUGCCAAAACACUGCCAGGACUGAGACUUGUUGGAGUGCUUGAAUGUGCCCUUGCAGGUUCAUGUAAGAAAAUGACUUAAAAAAAAACAUUGUUUUGGACUCAAGUGCUUAU